GAAACGAUAAUCUGGAAGCUAAUACACAUCUCACUCCAGACCGUUGAACACUACAAAACAGAGCAGCGUGACAAGUAGAAGUGUUUUAGUCAACUCAAUACUGAAAUUGAAUUUAUAACUAUGUCUUGGUCAAUGUUUGAGACUGUUGGAUUUUUUGUUGGGAUACUGGUUCUACUGUAUUAUUAUUCUACAUCGGUUUUGGAGUACUGGCAGAAACGAGGCGUGAAAGGACCAAAACCUAUUCCAUUUUUGGGCAACUUUACGAAUGUGUUUCUUGGAAGGAGUUCAGUGAACGAUUGUUUCGUGAAAGCUUACUACGAGUUCAAAGAUGAACCGAUGGUUGGAGUAUUUGGUGGCCACAUCCCACAUUUAAUUAUAAGGGACCCGGAUUUAAUAAAGGAUGUUCUUAUUAAAGACUUUUCAACGUUCGUUAAUAGGAUAACUGUUCCUAAUGAGCUCGAGCCAUUAUCAGUACACCUGUUCGGUCUUGAAGCAAAAAGAUGGAAACCCUUAAGAGCCCGUCUCUCGCCUGUUUUCACUUCAGGAAAGCUGAAAGAAAUGUUCGGUUUACUGGUAGAAUGUGGAAAUCAUUUUGAAGAGUACUUGAAGACACUGGUUGAGAAGGGCGAAUAUAUCGCGACCCGCGAGAUGUCUGCAAAAUAUACUACCGAUGUGAUCGGUUCCUGUGCGUUCGGGAUAGAAAUGAACGCGUUAGCAGCAGAAGACAGCGAAUUCCGUAAAAUGGGCAGAGCAAUCUUCCAAACAAACGUGAAAUCUGUCAUAAAGGAUAGAUUGAGGGAAUAUCCAUUCUUAUUUAAGAUCUUGGGACGAUUCCUUCUCGAUUCUGAAGUCGAUGACUUUUUCAUAAGAAUCACCAAAGAAAGUAUAGAUUAUAGGAUAAAGCACAAUUUUCAUAGACAUGAUUUCAUUGAGACUUUGGUAGAUCUGAAGAAGAAUCCUGGAAACAUUAGCGAUAAACAAUUGAGUGACAGUUUCUUGGCUGCACAAUCCUUUGUCUUCUUUGCUGCUGGUUUCGAAACUUCCUCUGUAACGAUCACUCAUGCUUUAUACGAGCUAGCAUAUAAUCAUUCGAUUCAAGACACUCUUCGAUCAGAAAUCAAGGAUGUUCUACAACGUAGUAAUGGAGAGAUCACAUAUGAUAAUAUAAAGGAAAUGAAAUAUUUGGACGCAGUCCUCCAAGAAACAUUACGAAAAUAUCCGGUAGUAUUAUGGUUAUCCAGAACAGCAAUGACUAAUUACACGUUUUCGGGUACAAAAGUCACAAUUCCGAAGGGUCAACACGUAGUCGUGCCCGUUGAUGCUAUUCAGAAUGAUCCAGAUAUUUUUCCAAAACCGGAAAUCUUUGAUCCUAACAGAUUUCUUGACGAUAAUGCUAAGAGCAGACAUCCAAUGUUUUAUUUACCAUUCGGAGAUGGCCCAAGAAAUUGCAUUGGCGCAAGGUUUGCUAAGAUUCAAUCCAAGGUAGCGAUGAUUAAAAUUUUAUCGAACUUUAAAGUGGAUGUAUGUGAAAAGACUAUUACUGAGUACAAGAGGGAUAUAAAAUCAUUCGUUCUUUUGCAACCAACGCACGAAGUAUAUUUAAAAAUGACAAAAGCUUAAAUAUAAAGGACAGGAGCAAGCAAAAUACAACGAAGUGUUAAAUACUGAAACGUGGGAUAAAUUUCAACAGUAGGCACGCCCUAUAAUAUAAAUUGUGCUGUAUGUCACAUACGGGUAUGUAUCGACCGGCUCGGCGCAUUGUCAGUACAGCGGUGAAAAAUGGACGGGAAGAAAGGAAGUAAAAGAAAAAGAAAAAAAGGUAUGAGAUGUACGUCUUGUCUUCAUGGAGUUGAAAUAUCCUCUUAUUUCGCCGCCUACUUUCUCUGAUCGGAGAAUCUAUAUCAUUGAAACGAUCUGUGAGAGGCUGCUGAUGUAUCUUUCAUUACCGAAUUUCUAAGCCAACGAAAAUGACUUUCCAGUCAAUUUUACAGACACUUUGGGAGAAAAUGAUCAUUUCGAACCAUUACCGUUUCUUAUAUAUUUUUCUGUAUAGUACUGAG